UGGAGCGCUAGUGUCGCUCCAGCUGUGAAACGGUAACAAGUAACAACUUUUAACAGCAGUGCCGUUUAAUGGGACACUGUGUCACAUUACAAAUGUAAACCGUGGAGAUAAAUAAGCAAAGGGGCUAAUAACUGCAGUAAUGGACCACCAGAAAACUAUUCGGAUAAAAGAUGAAACAAAUGAAACAGCAGGUUCACCAGGCUCCAUUGUCCAGGUAUACCACUCCAGUGUGGAAAUAAAGGAAGAAUGGCAGGAGACUGGGAAUCAAGAGUUACUUCAAGAUCCAUUAAGAAUUGAAGAUCCAUGUUAUGGCAUAAAGGAAGAGCCAGGACUAAAACUGAAUGAGAGACUCUCUGAGCAUAAUAUAUUCAGCGAUCCCAAAUAUGAUCCUCUGGGAGUAAAGACAGAGGAGGGCUCAGCAUUUGAGAAUGAUUGUCUUGAUGAUUACGAUCCAUUGAGCAUAACAGAUGAUGCGUGUCUUGAAGAUAACUUGGGAAUCUCUCAUCCAAAUGAUUUUAUCAAGGAGGAUCCUGAACUAAAUUUGGAGGUGGCAGCCUCAAUAAGAAAUGCAUCUGAUAGUUUAAGGUUCAUUCAAAGUGCUGGUGACAGCUGUGACAUUUCAUAUCAAGAAACAUUACAUCAAGGAGUAGUCAAUGACAAGCUGGAGAUAUAUGCAGAGAAGUCAACAGAUUUCAGUGUGUCUCACAACUAUACCAAAAUACAGACUUCACAAGAAGACGGCUUAUGUGGCACAAGAUUAAGUUGUAGCAUCAGGGGAAAGGAAUUCCAUAAGUUUAACUGUAGUUUCUGCCUACAGAGCUUCCCUUCAAAAUACAGACUCAUAAUGCAUAUCUUCAUCCACAUUGACGGUGUGCAGGCACCUGCAUUUGUGUGUAAGUCAUGUGGUGAGGUAUUGCCCUCUGAUGACUGCUUGAAAGAACAUUUGAGAAUGAUGGAGGGUGACCAAGCAUUAUCUGCUACCAACAGUGAGAAACUUGAAUGCAGUGAUGAUCAUGAAAACAAUAUCUCCUUCGACUGUGUACAAGAAGGAAUUGUGGAACAGACUGCAGAGCCCCCUUCAUACAAGGUACCCAGGAAAACCUUCAAAAAAUCCUUUAAUGACAUAUGUAACACACAUACUGUGAAACAAGCUGAAGAGAAACUCAAAAGAUGUAAUGACUGUGGAAUUUCAUGUACAAGCGACCAUGCUCAUGUCCAUACUGUGCUAAGUGCAAACGGACAUCACAAAUGUGAUGUUUGUGGUAAAAUGUUUACUCUGUUAGGCAAUCUUAAGAAACAUCGCCUAGUACACACUGGAGAGAGACCCCACGAAUGCAAUGUUUGUGGAAAAUCGUUUGCUGUAAUGAGCUAUCUCAAGAAACAUGAAAUAAUACACACUGGACAGAGACCACACAAAUGCAAUGUUUGUGGAAAAUCGUUUGCUGUAAUGAGCUAUCUCAAGAAACAUGAAAUAAUACACACUGGACAGAGACCACACAAAUGCGGUGUCUGUGGAAAAUCAUUUACACACUCGAGCAGUCUCAAGUCCCAUAGUUUAAGACACACAGGAAAGAGACUACACAAAUGCGAUGUGUGUGCAAAAUCGUUUACUGAAAGGGGCGAUCUCAAGAAACAUGAAAUAAUACACACUGGACAGAGACCACACAAAUGCGGUGUCUGUGGAAAAUCAUUUACUCACUCGAGCAGUCUCAAGUCCCAUAUUAUAAGACACACAGGAAAGAGACUACACAAAUGCGAUGUGUGUGCAAAAUCGUUUACUGAAAGGGGCGAUCUCAAGAAACAUGAAUUAAUACACACUGGACAGAGACCACACAAAUGCGAUGUCUGUGGAAAAUCAUUUACUCAGUCGGUACAUCUCAAGACCCAUGAAUUAAUUCACACUGGACGGAGACCACACAGUUGCAAUGUCUGUGGGAAAUCAUUUACUCAGUCGAGCAGUCUAAAGACACAUGAAUUAAUACACACUGGACAGAGACCCCACAAAUGUGAUACUUGUGGUAAAUUAUUUAAUGCAUUGAGUAAUCGCAAGGCCCAGAAGAUAAUACACAGUGGAAAGAGACCCUACAAAUGUAGUAUUUGUGGAAAAUCUUUUAUUCAUUGGGGCAGUCUCAAGAAACAUGAAUUAAUACACACUGGACAGAGACCACACAAAUGCGAUGUCUGUGGAAAAUCAUUUACUCAGUCGGGAAAUCUCAAGACCCAUGUAUUAAUUCACACUGGACGGAGACCACACAGUUGCAAUGCCUGUGGAAAAUCAUUUACUCAGUUGGUCAAUCUCAAGACUCACCUGUUAAUACACACAGCAAAGAGACCACACAAAUGCGAUGUGUGUGGAAAAUCGUCUACGCGGUCGGGCUAUCUCAACAGCCACGUUUUAAUACACACAUGAGAUGACACCACAAAUGUGAUACUUGUGGUAAAUUAUUUAAUGUAUUGAGUAAUCUCAAGACCCACAAGUUAAUACACAGUGGAAAGAGACCCUACAAAUGUAGUAUUUGUGGAAAAUCUUUUACUCAUUGGGGCAGUCACAGGAAACACAAAUUAAUACACACUACAUAGAGACCACUCAAAGUAUUGUUGAGGUCUGUAGACCUACACAUGUUGAUAGAAGACCACACGUGUUUUAUGAAAAUUGUUCGCAUGUGCUACAGAGAGGUCACAAAAAAUAUGACAAAUCCAUUUCCGCAGCUUCACAUUCGAAGAAGUUACAUACAAAAUACAACAUAUGAAGCACACAAUUCUGAUUUUUUGUUGCAAAUGCUCCAUGCUUUAAUUGUUCAGGCUACCCAAAAUCUGUCUCCACAGAUUGCCAUCUAUCCCAUUUUACAGAGCAGCUAGGUUCUGAUUUGCUUGUUCUAGAUAAUGGAUGGGCAUCCGACAACCUUUGUCAACUUGUGGUUUCACCAUCUUUCAACAAUGUUCCAUAGAGGCUGAUGGUAGAAGCAUCUGCACAGCCAACCACAUUCGCUUACCCAGGCACCAGGCAAAACCAUCUGCUCUUUGGCAAAGUUAUUUAUGCCAUUUUUUUUCAAACUGUCACUAGAAUGAUAACCACUCAUUUCUGGUUGUACAGUUUCAUUACUACGUGACAUAGCCACAAUGAUGCUGGGUAGCAAACACUCCUCCUACGGAAGUGGAUUCAGUGAUUUGGAUUAACAGUGUAUCUUCACAAAAAAGGCCUUUUGGUAAAUUGUGUAGUAAUUCAAUUUUUCUGCUUUGUUAAAUUUUAUGUCAAUACACUAUUGUCAGUUCAAGUGCCGUAUUUAUUGUGAAAAAUUUUUGUAUUACAAAGCUCUGUACAUUAAUUUUAUGCAUCAAAUCUUUUAAUUAUUUGUCUGUUUUUAAAUACCAUGUAACUACUGUACAAACAUCAGUGGCAAAACUGUCAUCAUGUAGUGUCAGAUUAUAAUUCCGAUUGUUUGUAGAAACACAAGGACAGUUGAAAGAGCUCAGUGUGAUUUCUAGGUUAUGAAUUUAAUCCAAAUGCAUGAUUUUUAUUGUAAUAAGUUAAUUUAUCACAUGUACUUUCUUUCUAAUUGCUUUGUUUCAAUUUGAUUUUUAGUUGUCUUUUUAUCUGUUUUAAACAUGAUUUCAUAGUGUAUAUUUUCCAUAAUUUCUCUGAGUAAA